UGUAGGUAGUGGGUGAUAAAAAAGGGAGCUUUAGUAGGAGGGUAAAGUCACUGGGGCUUAACCCAGGCGCAAGAUGAUUUUCUGUGGUGAUGGGCUACUGUACUUCAUUCUUGUUUCUUCUGGAGUCUUGGGAAACUGCACCAACACCGAGCACGCGGAAGCACAGGGCCGCCAACGCAACGGACGAGGGGUCCGCACCUGGACAGCAAUAGUGGCCAAAUACUCGUGUUCUUCAACAAACACCAAAAACAGCGUGAAGGAAGAAAAAGCAGGCUGGCAUUCCAGGACGUACCAGACAACCCAUGGCUUCCCAAGAGAAGAUUACCGUGAUUGUGUAGUGUCAACGAUGAUUGCUGAAGUGGCUGCCAAUGCUUGUGAUGAUAUGACCAUUGGCUUCAGCGUCCCACCAGAUCCCUCUACACAUCCCCCGCUGCUGGAUAUCUGCUGUCAUUGCCAGGCGACACCACCCAUUGCUGAAGAGAAGCUGCCGCGGGGAGCCACCUUGCUCCUUACAACCAUACAGUGCAGCUGUGGGGAUAACGGUUGUUUCUAUAACAUAACUGUAAUUAUAGUGUAAAUGUAAUUAAUUGUAGUGUUUAACUUUGUAGUUUAUUGACUUUCAAUUUAACUGAACAAGUGUUCAGGUUAAGGAUUGGUUGUUAUGCAUCAUGCUUCAUUUGUGUAUUGCUUCACUUUUAAUGUUCGAACCUUUAAUUGAGUAUAAUGCAAAGUUUCUUUGAUACUAGUGUCUGGCCGAGAGAUCAGUCCACUCCUGGCUUCUCCAGGAGACACACCUCCUGUAACCACCUGAGAAAAAUAUAUAAAAUAGAAGACAACGAGUUAUUCGCUUCAAGUCCCUCACCAUAUAUACGCCCACAAACUGGUGACCUCGGAGUGACUUAGAGGGACACGGAGUGAAGACCGAGAAAAUUAGUGAAGACGACAACUUCAAGGUGAAGGGUGAAGCACAACAAGUCUCCAUUAAGCCACUCCCGUUCAUGGAGUCUUCAGUGGAAGAGUGGUUCACCAUCAUGGAGGCACAGUUUCACUUACAACGCAUAUCUUCAGAGUCAACCAAGUUCUACCACGUUCUAUCUGCGCUUCCACCCAACGUCGUCAAGCACGAAGUGAUUCAGUUGUUUGAACGGACCAAACCGGAGUUGUUUGAACAACUUAUCUCUACUGCAGCGAUGACUGGACGCCCGUCUGCUUACAUGAAUGAACUACUGAGCAUCGCUACAAAGGUGGGUGUUUGUGAGGAUUUAGUGAGGCACAAGUUUACACAAGCUCUUCCAGCUACGAUUGGUACAGUUCUUGCAGCACAGAAAGACCUACCACUUAGUCGGCUGGCCAAGUUAGGAGACGAGCUUAUACCUUUGGCUCGAGGACAGCAACAGUGCUUUUCUAUAGAUUCAUCAGUGUCUACUCCUUCCACGACUCUGCCCAGGAGGCAGCGACAAGACGAUCGUCGGGCACUUCGUAGUUACGGGUUAAAACCCUUCCAUGAAGGUCAACAACCGGUAGUGUGUCGUGCUCAUCUGUACUUCGGCGCAAAUGCUCGAACCUGCAAGCCUUGGUGUAGAUGGCCUACCAAACCGGAGUACCUUCACAUGCAGUCAUCUUCAAGACCUACCUCCCCGACUCGUUCAACUACUUCUGAAGCACCUGCUUUAACAUCUAGUUCUUUAAUCUAGAUUGGCAGGUAUGGGCUGCUGCCACUGGCCUGCCACUCCUGGAAGUUGCAAUUUUAGUUGGCGUCACGAACAUGAAGUUUUUAGUGGACACCGGUGCUGCUGUGUCUAUCAUACCCAUAACUAAAGUGUCCGGCUACUUUCUUCAACCAACACCAGUGAGUAUUUCUAAUGAAGUUCUCUUACAUCUUAAAAUACUUGAGCUUAAAAGGACAUUUGAUUGGGUGUUUGUAGUGGCUGAUGUUACUACGCUACUUCUUGGCUAUGAUAUUUUGGAACACUUUGGUUUAUUAGUUGAAUGAAAAGGUAGAUGUUUACGUGACAGCGUAACCCAGUUAGAGGUGCAUGGUGAGCUAAGAAAAAAAAUCCUUGUUAUGUUAUAAAUAGUGUCAUGUCUACCUAAGAAAGUGCAGCUUCUUUUAGCGAAAUACAAGUCUGUGAUUGAACCACAUCAAAUAGAAACGGAUAAAUGCCAUGUCACCACUGCCUCUCAUUACAUUGACACAGGAAGUUCUCCACUGUGCUUUGCUUCCCCUAGACGUCUACCAUACGACAAGCUGCAGGACGCCAAGGAAGCAUUCCAAGCGCUACUGACUACCGGCAUAAUACGCCCCUCUCGUUCACCGUGGGCGUCUUGUCUUCUCUACAUCUGGUCCCCCCAAGAGUAAGCCGGGAGAGUGGCGGGUCACGGGUGAUUACCGUUCCCUUAACCGCUUAACGCAAUCACCAAGCCUGAUCGCUACCCCGCACAUACAAAGUCUCUCCAACCAACUUCAUGGUAUGUCUCGUUUCAGCAAGGUAGAGCUACUUCGAGCAUAUCACCAGAUCCCUAUGAACCCGGAGGGCAUUGAGAUAAUCGCAGUCACUACACCUUUUGGCCUAUAUGAGUACGUAUAUAUGCCUAUGGGGCUCAAGAACGCGGGAAGUACUUUUCAAAGAGUAAUGGACUGCAUAUCCCGUGAUGUUAAGUGCGUAUUUAUAUAUUUGUUUGACAUUCUAAUUUUCUUCCCAGAUGAAGAACAACACUUUCAAGAUCAUGAAUUAGUAUUUCAGAAGCUGCAGGAUCAUAAGUUAAGGGUCUCGCUGGAAAAAUGUGUCUUCAAUGAA